GUAACUUGGUGCGUGUGUUUGGAUUCUCCUCACUGAAAAGCAGAUGAAUUGCACGAUAAGGACAACGCUAAACCAUUUUCAAGUGUCUGGACCCUCUAACCAGGACAAGCAGAGCUCGAGAGCACCGUCUUCUGGCAGAAAACAAAACACAUCCCUGCAUUCUGGUGGAUUACGCUGUGUAAACUCCAUGUAAUCCCUCCCUUUGUUAAAGGAGGUCAGGCAUUUUUUUGUGUAUAUUUGUUGUACUUUGGACACAUUCUUCACAGCUCCUCCUGCCAAAAGCAUGUCAGCAAAAAUGACCUUAUAGUCACGGACUGCAGGCAGCUUAGAAGAAAAGUAACAUUAAGCAUGGAGGCUUCAAGUUCUGCUGAUGCAUGGACAACCCACGCAGCACCCACAUUCCCCACCUCCGCUACUCCCUCCUCUCCCAGCUGCUUGCAGUUCUUCUGGCAGUACCAGGACAAUUCGGUUCUUGUGGCGCAUUACAACUACACCGGCAAGCUUCAGAAAGACCGCUACCGUGAAGGACUCAAACCUGAGGGCAUUGCGUUCCUGGUGGUGUGUCUCCUCAUCGUCCUGGAGAACGCUGUGGUUCUCAUCGCCAUUUGGAGGAACAAGAAGUUCCACCUGCCCAUGUAUUACCUGCUGGGCAACCUGACUCUUUCUGAUCUGCUGGCCGGGAUUACAUAUAUGGCCAACAUCAUAAUGUCUGGAUCUAAUACUUUGAAACUGACGCCGUUGCUAUGGUUCCUCAGGGAGGGAGGGGUCUUCAUCACUCUGGCUGCCUCAAUAAUUAGUCUGCUGGCCAUUGCAAUUGAACGCCAUGUUACUAUGGUGACUAUGAGGCCCUACCAUGGGGCAAAGCGGGGACGGAUGUGGGCAUUAAUUGGUGCAAGUUGGGCCCUGGCUGGGUUUUUAGGGGUCCUUCCAAUUUUGGGUUGGAACUGCAUCCACAGACUGGACCAGUGUUCAACAGUCCUCCCGCUUUAUGACAAGAGCUACAUCCUCUUUUGCGUAUCUGUGUUCAGCGCAGUGCUCCUGGCCAUUGUGGUCCUUUAUGCCAGAGUUUUUCGCAUUGUCCGCACCAACACCCAGCGCCAACGGCUGGGCCUGUCGGGCAGCAUGAGGAAAGGCUUAGCAAGGAAGUCGGAGAAGUACAUCGCCCUCCUCAAGACAGUCACCAUCGUGCUAGGCGUCUUCAUUGCCUGUUGGCUGCCCCUCUUCGUCCUCCUCCUCCUGGAUUUUUUCUGCCCCACCCGCAGUUGUCGUCUGCUCUACAAGGCUGAUUACUUCCUGGGAGUAGCUAUGGUCAACUCGCUCCUCAACCCCAUCAUCUAUACUCUGACUAGUAAGGACAUGAGGAGAGCCAUUCUGAGGCUGCUCUGUCGGCCGUGUCUGAUGACCAGAGAUGGCCAGGUGAAGAAGAUUGGGAUGCCAUUCCUGGAGUGCAGUUUCAGUAAAACUGAGGUGGCAUCCCAGAAGUUAGAGGGGGGACCGGAGACGACCAUUUCCUCUGGAAACAUUAUCACCACCCCAUCUCCUAUUAAGGCCCUUUAUCCCAAACUCUUCAAGUCAUAAGGACUUAGACCGACUGAUUGAGUCCAUAAGUGUGUGAAUGGGUUUCCCACUGAACAGAGGACAUGUAGCACAUCUUCUAUUGAGAGGAAUCCGUUCCAGUUUCCAGGCAGAAGCAGAGGGUGUGUGACAUAUUAUGGAGGAACAAGAGAAUCCUGUUUAGACAAAUGUCUCACCUUGACAGAAUUCAGAAGUGGUGCAGAACUUCAUUGUGAGAUGAUUACAAAACAAGAUGCUACUCAAAUGUGAACAAGCAAACAUACUUUUUUUAUGAGUAGAUGCUUAUGCUGAGUCUUUCUAACUAAUUUGCACUGAAAUCUCACAAAGAAUGGAGAAGCAGCCUCGGAUUCAUUCUGUAAACCAAAGACAUUCAUGGGUAAAUGAUGAAAGAGUGUGGUUGACUUUGCCCCUUUUUGCAGUUUCUUAUUGAAGUGACUUAAAUGCAGCACAAACACGUCUAUAUGUGCAGUGCGUAAUCUGUGCAUCUGCAAACACCUGGAUUUCGCUGGUUCGAAGGCCCCCGGUGUGCUGGAUUUGUUCAAAUAAAAUUAUGUGGAGAACCUCUACAUAUGCAGUGAGAGUUACUGGGAGACCGAAAGAUAACAGAAAAGAGAGACUCUCGACUGUUUUUACAGCUCAGUGAAAAAUGCUGUGGCAUAGAUGUGGGAGGGAGCCGCAACAUUAAAAUCCCCCCACCGUUUUGAUAUGACAGAUGCUUAACCUAUCUGAUGCCAAGUGGAAAGUUGUUGGGGUUUGGUGUCCGAUUUUGUUUAAAUGUAAGUCUGGCAUCUGCAGGAAAAGAUCAUACAAUGUGAUUAAAUGACAGAUGUAACAAAAAAGCCUUCCUUUCCAUCAUGACAUGCUGAAGGUUUAACUAAAACCAAAGCAGCUGCAGUUGCAUCACUUAUAAUAAAUAAUUACUUUACAGAUUUUAACACACAAAUAAAGUUGUAGAUGAAAUGAAUCAUCAUCAUCCAGCUGCAGAACUUUUAAGGACGAAAACGUGCCUGCACUUGUAAGCUAAAUCAUGCGGAAUCAGUGCAAUUAUUCCAAUACUUCCCUCCACUAUACAUAAUGUUAACUGAACAUUUCCAGUUACAGUUUAAGGUAUUGAAUCUUUCUUAUAAUGAAAUGAGUUUGAAAUCAGUCUUUUUGUACUGAUUGUUUUCUUCCGGACCUUAAUUGAUGAAUGAGGCAGUGUGUUUUUUUUGUCAUUUGAAAUUCAUGUAUUGAACUUUUUAUAUUUCUGAAGACUUCAUAUUAUCUGUAUUGUAAAUUAUAUCUAUUUUGUAACAAGAAAAGGCUAGCAAUAAAGGAAAUAAAAUGUUUUCUUAAAGGAU